AUGGACCCCUCGCGCUCACGAGAGCUUGUGAACCUGGAUGACCUACCGUCGGAUCUCGAUGAGGUUCGCGCGCUUGUGGACCAGAGGCUUGGAGGUGCCGUCGCUGCUCAAAAGGCCCAUCAUGAGAGCCCGGCGUUGGCGAGCAAGGUGGGCAGAAAAGCCCAAGGAAUAUUAGAGAAGCUGAGCGUCUAUCUCACGGCAUAUGGGGAAUUGAUCUCGCUCGCAAGCUCGUCCGACCCGAUUGCGGGCACGGCAUGCCAAGCUCUAUCUAUGCUUGUUCUGAUUAAUCUCCGCGCUUCGGAAAUACAAAUUUCCCAUGACAUCCAUAGAGACGACGACGACUUGUCCCAGCUCAUACGCGUCACCUACCACAAGACAUAUGUCUUCUCCGUACAAGCGUCCUAUUAUUAUCUUGCCCCUCGGUGGCGACGCAUAUUCCGAGGAAUCGCGGAACCUCCCGAGGUGGGCGUGAAGAAUGCCGCCGAUGAGCUUGACGGCGUGAUCCGCGACGUUCGGGCAAGAUGCGGCAUCCUCACGCAGCGGCGCAUUCGAGAUAUUGAAGUGAGACUGAUCAAGGUUGAGAAGUAUACGGAGGACACAUUUAAACUGGAAGAAGAUUCCGCCGUCCGGUCCGAUCUUGAACUUCUCCGGAGCUUGGAAAGAAAGCUGAGGCACAAACUGCAGGACGACGCAUCCCUACGAAUGUAUCGGUCCGACCUUGCGGCCCUCUUCGACCUCUUGCUCGUCAGCGGCGAGACAGAGGAGCACCAGGAGAUGCACUGCUGGCUCUCGCCGGGCCUCUUCUCCGUAUGUGACGCGCGCAAGUCUCUAGGUGGAGACACCGUCCUUCUUUUCUGCUGCAGGGGCAGCUCCGCCUUUGGCCGGGUCGGACUAAAAGCGCUGCUCACCGACUUGAUCUACCAACUUCUGGCCGCGGACCCAACAUGUCUUCGAGACGAUGCAAUCCGAAAGGCCCUACCGGGAAGCGAAGAAGGCUCCGGUUCACGCGCGCGGGCCUCUUCACUGGACGAUAUAUCCGUCCUGAAAAGUCUCUUCACAAAGUUGGUGGGGAAGCGCGGGCGGGUUUGGCUCUUUAUAGACCGCGUGGAUUGGUUCGUGAAUAGCGCUAGCCUACUGAAAACGCUGGGAAAAGUUAUGGCAGAGCUCGAUGGGGGUCCUGGUGAGGACUGUUUGAAGGUGUUCGCGCUGGCAUCAUCGGAUGCGGCGGAGGAAUUCAAGUUGACGGGGCGAGGGGAGGAAAUGCGGACUGCCAGCGUCACAUCCGUUCUCAAGCUGACUUCGAAAGUCGUCCAAGAUAUCACUUCUGCACAGGAUGCCGAAAAACAUAGCGAGGCCUUCCUAGAUGAGUUGUGUGCCUGCGGAACCGUCCUCCAGCAACUCAAGAAGAGGAGCGAUGACGUGGAAGCCCAGGCGUGGAGGGUUACUACCGAAGCCCUCGAGGCACCAGGGGCACCGCUAGGCCGACUUCAUACUCUUUUGCACAAGCAAAAAGAACUCGAGGAAAUCUCCGAGGUGACCCAGCGUGAAAAGUCACUCCUACAACUGGCUCUGGUCAUCGACUCCCAGCGAUUCGUGCGGGAAAUCGAGAAAAGUGCUCCCGAAUGCAGCCAGCAGCUAAUGACGCUACUGUCUCGGUUGCAGGAUGGCCAGGACUCUAUUCCGGAGCGGACAGAAGAAUCGGAACAGCCGGAAAGGCUGUUGGUGUUUGGCUACCCGACUCGCCAAGACUAUGCCGCUCGCCACAACGAUGCCCUGGGCCGCAGGCAGCCCAGCACCGGUCAGUGGUUUCUCGAGCAUCCAAAAUUCUCGCCGUGGCUGGAGAAACCGCGGGAGACACUCUUCUGCCCUGGUAUCCCCGGCGCCGGGAAGACGAUUCUCACGUCGAUCGUGAUUGAGGACCUCCUGAACCGGUUCAAAGGCCGUAAAGAUAUCGGUCUCGCCUACAUUUAUUGCGACCUGAGACGGCGCGGCGAGCAAACCCCAUGCGCCCUUUCACUGAACCUGAUGAGGCAAUUGACUCGAGGCCGCGAAGACCUUCCCGCCGGUGUAAACUCUCGUAGCUGUUGGCGCCCUAAUGCAGCAACCAUCUGCAAUUUCCACCACUGCAAUUGGCUUAUGCCGCCCUGCGAAGAUGUUGAACCAUCUCUUAAUAAUGUUAUAACCCAUCUCUACUCUAGAACUUUCAUCAUUAUCGACGCGGUUGACGAACUCGGGGUAGAUGAUGAUCACCGAUCUGAAUUCUUGGCCAGGAUGCUCAAACUCCAGGCCAAGUGUGGAAUCAACCUUCUCGUAACAUCGAGGCCUGUUCCCGACAUUGCGGAAGUUUUCAAAGCGAGCAUCACACUAGAGAUUAGGGCGAGAGAGCACAACGUGCGGAGAUUCUUAGAUGCAAACAUAUCACAAUUGCCCCCAUUUGUUCAGCAAAGACCGGAUCUUCAAGAAGAAGCCAUCUACGCUAUCGUCGGCGCAGUUGACGGAAGGUUCCUGCUGGCGCGUCUUCACCUAGAGAGUCUGGUUGGCGAGAAAUCCAUAGAAACACUGCAGCAUGCCCUGUCAGCGCUUCCGGUGGGCCCCGUGGCGUACGACCGCGCAUACGAUGAAGUUUUAAAGCGAAUCGAGAGUCAAGCCAGCCAUAAAGCCAGACUCGCUAAACAGGCGCUGUCAUGGAUUACUCGAGCCACGCGACUCCUACGCGAUAAGGAACUUCAACACGCACUUGCUGUGGAAAAGGGUCAGGCUUCUCUCAACGUCGAUCGUCUUCCAGACAUCGCCGACAUAGUCUCGUCGUGCGGUGGAUUGGUCUUGGUGGACAAGAAAAGCGGCAUAGUCCGCCUCAUACACCACACGGCGCACGACUAUUUUACGCGGACAUGGAAAAAAUGUGUUCUCGGAUGGACUGUGUUCAUGGCAGUCGGUGCUCGGGGAGGAAAGGCUGAGAAACAACCCGCUUUUCCUCUACGCCGCAAAAACUGGGCUUACCAUGCUACCCAAGCGGAGAAUGUUGGCCAGUAUGUGCUCGACUUCCUACACCGCGAUGUCAAUGUGGAAGCAGAGCGAACGCCGCUUAUCUGGGCCGCGAUGGCCGGAAAUGAGGAGAUUUUCAAGCUAGUGCUUGAGACCGGCCUCGUAGAUGUCAACUCUGCAGACGUGGAUGGAUUAACCCCGCUAGCUUAUGCUGCCAUGGGGGCCAUGACGCCAUCGUCGGACAGCUCCUGGCGGCCGAACCCCUUGGCGUGGGCCGCCAAAGCGGGGAAAAUAGAAGUCGUGAACUUACUCCUCGAAAUUGGCAACCUCGGCGUCGACGGAAGCCCUCGCUCCGAUGAUUCUCUCGCCAAGUUGGUGCCAUCCCUGUUGAUGGGCGCCGGGCCUGGCAGCGCCUCACGCGCGGCCACUGGCAAAGAACUGCUCACACGUGUCGCGGGCGCUGCCUGGGGCAUGAUGGUACAGCUAGUGCAAGGCAAGGGGCAUCUUUCCCGGUCGGAGGAAAACCGGCUGUGGGACCUGGAUUCGAAUGACCGCAAACGAACGCCGUUAUCACUGGCGGCGGAAAGCGGCCAUGAGACGCUGGUGCGCCUGCUGCUAGAUAGAGGAGCGGACAUCAAUCUAGGUGACGUGCACGAGAGGACAGCGCUAUCCUGGGCCGCCGGGGCUGGUCGGGAGGCGAUAGUGCUGCUUCUUCUUGUCAGGGGUGCUGAUCCUGAUACAGUUGACGAGCGCGGUAGGACACCGCUCUCGUGGGCCGCGGAAGUCGGCCAAGAGAUGAUUGUGCAGCUGCUGCUUAGCAGGAAAGUUGACGUCAAUGCACCGAAAGGUACGGACAGGGGCCCGCUCGGAUGGGCCGCGGUAAACGGUUACGAGACGAUAGUCCGGCUGCUCCUCGAGAGGGGAGCCGACGUCAACCCUGUUGACACCUCGGGGCCGCCGCUUCUACUUGCUGCCGAAGAGGGCCGCGCGACGAUAGUAGAGCUACUCAUUGCCGGGGAGCCGAUGUCAAUUCACGGCCGGACCCCGAUCUCGUGGGCCGCGGCACUCGCCAGUGAGCCGAUAGUGCGGCUUCUGCUAGACGCCAAUUCCGACGUCGACCCGGUCGACAAGGCGGGUAUGACACCACUUGCGCGGGCUGCGGGCGCGUGCGUUGGAGGAAGCCAAUAG